AUGGAAGAGGACAACUUCAAGUGGGUUUUUACCGGAGUCUAUGGACCGGUUGUUGAUGAUGAACGACCUAUCUUUUGGGAGGAGCUUUGCUAUGUCCAAGGACUGUGGUCUUUCCCUUGGUGCUUGGGAGGGGAUUUAAAUUCUGUUAGGUCCUCAUCAGAAAGGUCUACAGGGGGAAGAUCUCUGGAAAUGGAUCAAUUUUCUGAUUUUAUUAAUGAGUAUCUUCUUGUUGAUUUACCAAUAGAAGGAGCAACUUAUACUUGGUCCAAUGGUAGGGAUCCAAUCACUCUAUCAAGGCUGGACAAAAUUUUAAUUUCUGGGGAUUGGGAAGACAAAUUCCCAGAUGUUGUUCAAGCUAUGUUAGAAAGGGUCACUUCUGACCAUGUGCAUUUGGUUUUGGAUUGCGGGGGUUUAUGUUCUCAAACAUUCCCGUUUAGAUUCGAGAAUAUGUGGCUGCGUUCGGAUGAUUUCCAAGGAAAAGUUAGUUCUUGGUGGGAAGGAGUCACUUCUUUAGAGAUUGAUCGUCUUGAGGAGGCCAGAAGGGAUAUGGAAUCUCUUCAUUCCAGGAGAGCCUCUUGUCGGGCGGUAUUUGCUGAGAUCGCUAGUAUGGAGGAGAUCUCGUGGCAACAAAAAUCCCGGGCUCUUUGGCUAAAGGAAGGUGAUCGGAACACAAAAUUCUUCCACCAGUUAGCUAAUGCUCAUAGGAGGAGUAAUCAUAUAGGAAGAAUUCGGGUAGAUGGUGAGGAGUUGUGGAGAGAGGAAGAGGUGCAUAAUGGUGUUGCUUCCUUUUAUCAGAAGCUUUACACAGAGUCUUUAGUUUGGAGGCCCAAACUUGAUGGUCUCCAUUUUGAGGCUAUUUCUGAGCUUGAUAAAGAUAGGAUUGAGAAUCCUUUCACUGAAGAAGAAGUUCUUAAAGCUCUCUCAAGCUGUAAUGGGGAUAAAGCUCUGGGUCCUGAUGGCUUCACUAUGCGAUUUCUGAUGGAAAGUUAG